UCCAGAGUCCAAGGGUCCAUGUGGUGAGCAGGUUGAGUUGUGCUAGGUAUUACAAAGGGACAACUGGUAGGUGGGCAGCAUGAGCUUUGAGGAGCUGCUAGACAAGGUGGGUGGCUUCGGGCCCUUCCAACUGCGGACUAUGGUGAUAAUGGCCCUUCCCCGAAUCCUACUUCCCUUGCAUUUCCUCCUACCCAUCUUCCUGGCCGCGGUGCCUGCCCACCACUGUGCCCUGCCUGGUGCCCCUGCCAACCUCAGCCACCAGAAAGUGUGGCUGGAGGCCCAUCUGCCUCAGGAGCCUGAUGGCACCUUUAGCUCCUGCUUCCGCUUUGCCCAUCCCCGGGCUCUCCCCAACACCACCUUGGGGAGAGAGGCAAACAGCUCUCAGGAUCUGGAGAAUGAACCUUCUGUAGUGCCCUGCUCUCAGGGCUGGGAGUACGACCACUCAGAAUUCUCCUCCACCAUUGCAACUGAGUGGGAUCUGGUGUGUGAGCAGAGAGGCCUGAACAAACUUACAUCCACCUUCUUCUUCAUCGGUGUGCUGGUGGGGGCUGUGAUCUACGGCUACCUGUCUGACAGGUUUGGGCGGCGCUGGCUUCUGCUGGUAGCCUAUGUGAGCUCCCUGGUGCUUGGCUUGCUGUCUGCAGCCUCUGUCAACUAUGCCAUGUUUGUCAUCACCCGCACCCUCACAGGCUUAGCCCUGGCUGGCUUCACCAUCAUUGUGUUGCCACUGGAGCUGGAGUGGCUGGAUGUGGAGCACCGCACUGUGGCCGGUGUCAUCAGCUCCAUCUUCUGGACAGGAGGCGUGCUACUGCUAGCACUAGUUGGGUACCUGAUACGGGGCUGGCGAUGGCUUCUGCUGGUUGUUACUCUGCCAUGUGUCCCAGGCAUCCUUAGCAUCUGGUGGGUACCUGAGUCUGCACGCUGGCUUCUGACCCAGGGCCGUGUGGUGGAGGCCCAAAGGUACUUGUUGUGCUGUGCCAAGUUCAAUGGGCGGCCCGUGGGUGAGGACAGCCUGAACCAGGAGGUCCUGAACAAAGUUGCCACCAUGGAACGGGUAUCACAAAGACCCUCAUACCUAGAUCUGUUCCGCACGCGGCAGCUCAGGCACAUCUCACUGUGCUGCAUGGUGAUGUGGUUUGGAGUAAACUUUUCCUACUACGGCCUGACUCUCAACUUGUCCGGGCUGGAGCUGAACGUGUACCAGACGCAGCUGGUGUUAGGGGCCGUGGAGCUGCCCUCCAAGUUCGCAGUCUACUUCCUGGUGCGCCACGUGGGACGCCGGCUCACGGAGGCAGUAAUGCUGCUGAGCGCGGCUCUGACCUUCGGCAUGGCACUGCUAAUAUCCUCUGAGACCAAGUCCUGGAUCACUGCCCUGGUGGUGGUUGGAAAAGCCUUUUCUGAAGCUGCAUUCACCACUGCCUACCUGUUCACUUCAGAGCUGUACCCUACGGUGCUCAGAGACGAAGAAGGCACAGCUUCCAGAGACCAUCCAGGACGUGGAAAGAAAGAGUAUUCAGGAGGAAGAGAUGCAGGUCCAGGACUGAGUGGGACUGGAGACAACCCUCCAUGGCUCCAUGCAGGAGGAGCAGAGAGCAGAAAGCAUGGCUCUUGUGACUGGGCCAUCAAACCCUUUUGCCUAGGGAUGGAGAUGCCACUGGUGCCUUCUGCCUGUGUUCAUCCAGCCUUAACUGUUCAGUCUCCAGCAACAGGUCAACCUCCCAGAAUGCACUGGGCUGCUGGAGAUUCUGGGGACCCCUCUCAUGACUGGGGGAUUCUGUAAAUAAAGGUGCCUCUUGGGUUGGGGCAGCAGUGAGGAGAUUUAGGAAGACCCUCAGAUGGAAACUGUUGAGUUGGUCCUUGGCUGAUUCCAGUUUUGCCACUGUUCAUGUCCCAAAUGGAUACUGAAACCUUCUAGCAGACCUUCUGACAACACCUGUUGUCAUGCUCAAACUGAACAAGAUGAUUCUAGAAAUGGUGCUAAAGGGAUGGUCCAACAUGACUUCUGCUACUCAUUAGA